UUUCGGCUCCGCCCGGCGGCAGAGGAGGAGGCGGAGGGGGGAGGCCUCCAAGAUGGCGGGCGUGCCGGCCGUGCGCAUCAGCAUCGAGUCGGCGUGCGAGAAGCAGGUGCAGGAGGUGGGGCUGGAUGGCAGCGAGACCUACCUGCAGCCCCUCUCCAUGUCGCAGAACCUGGCCCGCCUGGCGCAGCGCAUCGACUUCAGCCAGGGCUCCGGCUCCGAGGAGGACGAGCCGGGCUCCGCGGGCCGCGCCUGGGCCGAGCCGGGCGAGGCGGAGGAUGAGGAAGGGUUGGUGAAGUUCCAGCCGUCCCUCUGGCCUUGGGACUCGGUGAGGAACAACCUGAGAAGCGCCCUGACGGAGAUGUGCGUGCUCUACGAUGUCCUCAGCAUCGUCAAGGAUAAGAAGUUCAUGACCCUCGAUCCAGUCGUGCAGGAUCCCCCUCCUCCCAAACAGAAUCCUCAGUUCCUACAGUUGAUUUCCAAAAAGAAGUCAUUAGCUGGAGCAGCUCAAAUCCUGCUGAAAGGAGCAGAAAGAUUAUCCAAAUCAGUGGCAGAAAACCAGGAAAAUAAGCGACAAAGAGACUUCAACUCUGAACUGUUGAGACUGAGACAACACUGGAAGCUGAGAAAAGUGGGCGACAAAAUUCUUGGUGAUCUGAGCUACAGAAGUGCAGGUUCCCUUUUUCUUCAUCAUGGCACAUUUGAGGUGAUCAAGAACACUGAUAUUGACCUGGAUAAAAAGAUACCUGAGGAUUACUGUCCUUUGGAUGUUCAAAUUCCAAGUGAUUUAGAGGGAUCAGCCUAUAUAAAGGUUUCUAUUCAGAAACAAGCUCCAGACAUUGGUGACCUUGGGACAGUCAAUCUCUUUAAAAGACCCAUGCCAAAAUCAAAACCAGGUUCUCCACACUGGCAGACAAAAUUGGAGACUGCACAGAACGUUCUCUUAUGUAAAGAAAUCUUUGCCCAGCUGUCACGAGAAGCUGUUCAAAUUAAAUCACAAAUUCCUCACAUUGUUGUGAAAAACCAGAUCAUCUCCCAGCCUUUCCCAGGUUUGCAGUUGUCUAUUUCUCUGUGUCACUCUUCCAAUGACAAAAAAUCACAAAAGUCUGCUGCCGAAAAACAGAAUCCAGAGGAUCACCUCUAUGUUCUGGAACAUAAUUUGCAUCAACUUAUCAGAGAGUGUCACAAGCAAACCCUGAGCUCAACAGUGAUGCCACAUCCAGCUAGUGCACCUUUUGGCCAUAAGAGAAUGAGACUAGCAGGACCACAGGCUUUUGAUAAAAAUGAAAUCAGUGCUUUACAGUCAAACGAAGGACUUCUGGAGAAGAUAAUAAAGCAGGCAAAACACAUCUUUCUGAGACGCAGAACUGCUCGAACCAUUGACAGUCUGGCUAGCCGUAUUGAGGAUCCUCAGAUUCAGGCACACUGGUCAAACAUAAAUGAUGUUUAUGAAUCCAGUGUUAAAGUUCUAAUAACUUCUCAAGGAUAUGAACAGAUAUGCAAAUCUAUCCAACUACAACUGAACAUUGGAGUUGAGCAAAUCAGAGUAGUGCACAGAGAUGGAAGAGUUAUUACCUUGUCCCAUCAGGAGCAAGAACUGCAGGAUUUCCUUUUAUCUCAGAUGUCACAGCACCAAGUACAUGCGGUUCAGCAGCUUGCAAAAGUUAUGGGAUGGCACGUGCUGAGUUUCAGUAACCAUGUUGGUCUGGGGCCCGUGGAGAGUAUUGGCAAUGCAUCAGCAAUAACUGUAGCAUCACCAAAUGGCGACUACGCCAUUUCAGUACGUAACGGUCCUGAAAGCGGCAGCAAAGUUAUGGUUCAGUUUCCACGGAGUCAGUGCAAGGAUCUCCCCAAAGGCGAUGUACUGCAAGAUAACAAGUGGAAUCAUCUUCGAGGGCCCUUCAAGGAAGUCCAGUGGAAUAAAAUGGAAGGGCGUAACUUUGUGUAUAAAAUGGAGCUCCUCAUGGCAGCCCUAACUCCAUGCUAAUAGUCCAUCAGUCUGUCCGUGGGGGCUUGGAAUCAGCGCUGUGCUGCAAAAGUUUGCUGCCCACGCAACAAAGGGAAACGGAGCCUAUGGGGCAAUACAAGAAAACAAAAAUUUAUUUCCUGUACAGAUCUGUGUAUUGUAGUGUUUAUAAUAAAUUGUUUUCAAUGAUACAGAGAA